AUGGCUGUCGAAGAGGGGAGCAGCACCCCCGCCGCAAGCGACAAGCCCGCUGUUUUGAUCAUUGGUGGGCUGGGCUACACUGGGCGCUUCCUCGCCAAAUACAUUCACGACAACAACCUCGCCUCGGACAUACGCCUUGUCGACAAACAUCUGCCAGAGCUCGCCUGGCUCGCCCCGGAAUUCAAAGACGUGUGCACGAGGGAGCGCUUCGUGCAGGCCGAUGCGUCGAGAGAACAGUCGUUUCCCCGCAUAUUCGACCGCCCAGAUGGCAAAGAGUUCGACUUCGUCUUCAACUGUGGCGGCGAGACGCGCUUCUCCCAGGAGGAUGAGGUAUACAAGCUGAGGACAUACGGCCUCUCCAUGGCUAUGGGCAAGGAAGCUGCCAGGCGCAAGGUCAAGUGCUUCGUCGAGAGCAGCACAGGCAUGGUUUACAAGCCGGAUGCGGUCCCGCGGAAAGAGACCGACAAGACGAAGCCGUGGUCAAAGCUCGCAAAGUGGAAACUGCAAGCCGAGGAAGACCUGGCCAAGGUCGAAGGCUUGAAUCUGCUGGUAUUCCGCAUGGCGCACGUCUACGGUCCGUACACGAGCAAGUUCCUGGGGACGGCACUGUGCAUGGCCCGCGUGUACCAACACUUGGGCAAGGAGAUGAAGUGGCUGUGGAAAGAGGAUCUGCGGACCAACACCGUGCACGUUGAGGACGUUGUCCGAGCACUUUGGACAGGCGCCGAGUGGUACAUCAAGGCCCCGCGCACAUCACCUCAGACCUUCAACAUCGCCGAUCACGGAAAUACCUCCCAAGGCCAUAUGGCGUCCCUAAUGCACGACACUUUCAACAUUGGGACCGGCUUCCACGGCGCGCUUAUCUCUACCUUCGCGAGGAUGAACCUGGAUCAUGUUGUCGACGAGGUUAACGACGAGACGUUGGAUCCGUGGGCGGAUCUGCAGAACAAGGCUGGCAUUAGCAAUUCGACUCCUUUGACUACGUUCAUGGAGAAGGAGUUGCUCCAUAAUACGGAUCUGAGUCUAGAUGGCAGUGCGUUUGAGCGGGAAACGGGGUUCAAGUAA